AGUCGGAAGACACUUUAGAGUGAGGAGAGUGGAGAGUCGAGAAGGAGGAAAGUGGGGGCGGGUGAAUGAACGAGGGUGAGAGGAAGAGAGAGAGUGAAAGAGAGUGAAAGAGGACGGGAGAAGGAGCGUGCGAGCGAGCGAGAGAGGGGGUACUUCCGCCAGGCGUUACGUGAACAUUGCCGAAGUGUCAUGAAAGCCACGACGAGCUUUACGAUCCAGCAUCCUAGCUGCCGGCUGAGUAUUGUCCUGGCACUCCGGAUAGACUCACUCGUGGCACCGACAUUCGCAUGGAUGCGAUCGGAGGUGUUAACGCGAUAUGGACGAGAGUACGAUUAAAUAUUUCAAGAGGCGGCGAAAUAUUUCGAUCACGGGAAUGAUAAAUAACGCGUCGGCACACUCGACGGUACGCGUGUCGCCCGCCGGCUCGAAGCGUAAUGUAGCACUCGAAAAAAUGUGCACAGCGCACGAACUUGACCACCUCGAAGAUCUAGAACGUUUCGAAUGUUGAUUUAUUGUCAUCGCUCGACCGUUCAAUGACGCGCGGCAAUUCACGGGAUGUGACAUAUAGCUCUUUUUGCACAUUGUUUCGGUCUUCUCGCGCAUUGCGUAUUUUUCCGCGACGGAGUGUUACAUUAUCGCCAUGAGCUAGCUCUCCCGUACUGUAAUAGUACGUGUAUCGGUGUGUAUGUGUAUGUAUGUGUGCGUGUGUGUUAGCUGUAAUUCCUGUUGAACGAUUAAAAUAUUUCACUGGCUCUUGAAAUAUUUUCUAUCGGGCUAUCGUCGGCGUCGCGUUAAUUAAAACGUGUUCCUCCAAUCGACUCCACGCGAGUGUCAGCGCCAUGAGCCGGUGUAUGAAGCACCACGUCGGACGAACAACGGGGAGCAGGAUGCUGAAGGAUUAGGAAGCCAGAACGGAGAAUACGGGAAGCCGAGACGCAGACAGCAAAAUACAUCAUAUACUUCCAGGGAGAUUUCAGGUAUGGCUGGUGCUAUGAGACAACUAGAAGUGCGGCAACUUCCCGCGGAAGUGAGAGUGAUGCAGUGGUCGCCGAAAAUGGAUCUUUUAGCGAUCUCCAAUGUAAAAGGUGAAGUUGUCCUUCAUAGACUCACGUGGCAAAAGGUAUUGUUGCUAAGCCCUCAAGACGAGUCCGACACUAUCGCUCACCUAGCGUGGAGACCGGAUGGGAAGCUCCUUGGUGUGUGUUACGAGAACUCCAAAUUGCUCUUUCUCGUUGACGUUGAAACUAAAAAUGUCAUUCACAAAACCAAACUGCCAACAAAAGACUCAACUGUCUGCUGCAUCAAGUGGCUGCUGCUACCUAAUGUAGAAUACGACAGUUCAUCGACAAUUGAUAAAACCGAUAUCUCACCUACGGGUGAUUAUUUGCCUCCACUGCCCACUUUAAACAGAACUUUCAAUCAGGAGCCGGAACGCAAAGAAUUUCUAACACAUUUGGAUAUGCUGUAUGUUGGUCAAGAAAAUGGCACGGUGUUGAUAUAUAUUUUCGGUAUGUUUUACUGUGGCACUAUCACUGUAGGCCACGGACCAAUUUUAGAAAUCACAGGUGGACCUGAAGGCCUGAUGUGGAUCACGUGGAAAGACAAGAGUUGCAUUAAGACAACCAGAGUAUCCUGUCCACUACUGGAGAGGAACAUAGCAUUCUUCAAGAUAGCGCAAAUUCAAGCCAACAUAGAAUGUUUAAAGGAUUACCUCUCGCGUACCUUGAUGGCUACUUCUGAAGCUUGGGAAACGAUACUCCUGGAAAUGGAUGAGAAGCUCACACGAUACGCGGAGGCAAAUCCACCUGGUAGUAUGCCUGCGGAUUUCUUAGAACUGUUAAUGAUCGGAGUACCCACGAAGAAAGUGCAAGAUUUCCUGCUUCGAGAGCUCACAGAGAAGGGACUGAAGAAAUUUGGUCACAGUAUCGAAAUGUGUUACGGUAACAUACAGAAAUUGGUUUCGAAAAACUUAACCAGCGUCGGCAUGGCUCUGGUUUAUCAAUUAGCCGAAUUGAGGGGAUUGGUGAGAGUAGGUGGCCCGUACGAAGCGAUAGGAUUACGCGAUGAAACACUGGUAACUAAUGCCGUAAAUGAGGCCGAAGCUUUCCUAGCAAAAUCGUACGAGAUCGAGCAAGUCAUAGAUCAGAGUAUGCGCAAUUACAAGGCCUUUUUCCGCUGGCUGUACGUAGCCAUCCUCCAGUUCACGGACGAAAGAAUACCGCCGGAGGUGAGUCGCGUAAGUCAACAGGAAUUGACAUUCAUCGCCGAAUUUCUGCACGGCUUCGAUAAGACCGUGUCGGGCGCGGAUGGCAGAAGAGUGGUGAAUUUGGAAAAGCUGGGUCAGUACCUGCGCCACGAGAAUCUGCAGACUCGUUUGACGCCGGAAGGAAGCGAAUGGGCCGCUAUGCUCGAUACAAAUGACUGCUUGCGCGAUUACGCGCACAUAGUGAAGCAGGACUUCAGCUUGUCUCUGGUGCAAUCUCACGCGAAACUGGUCUCCGCUAUACAAAACGUUUUCACCGAAUCCUAUCAAAGCUUGGUCGAUCACUUCGCAAUGGUAUCGAUAUCGUUACCGUCGCUCGUAUCUCUGAUAUCCACGCAAAUUGUAACGAACGAUGGGAAUCUCUUGCUGGCCAUGAGCGACACCGGCAGCAAGUCUGUCAAACUUUACAAAAUCGAGCAUUCGUCCGCGGAACCAGCAUCGCUCAACUCGAAGGUGACCACAAUAAACAUGGAUCACGAGCACGGAGAAUAUUCCAAGGGGAGCCCCAAUACUGUGAUAGUGGAUUUGCAAUUUUACUCGCUGGACUAUCUCAGCUUGCUUACACUGAACAAACAAACUCACACGACGUUUCUCAUACAAGUGCCGUUGCGUGACAUAUGCGCGUUUAAUCAUCAAAGUGACGACACGGUGAAUUUGUUCGAUAUCUUCGGCGUGACGUGGUCGAAACCGUUCCAAGGGAUAUUCAGGCGACUGGCGGUUAGCGGCGCGCGGAAAGUGGCUGCUGUUUUGAGCGAGAACAACAAGAAGAUCCGAUUGUUUGAGACCGAAGUGGAACCCGAGGAUGAGGAAGACGAUGAGGACGACGAAGCGGGAAUCGAAGAUAACAUGAUGGAUGCCACAUCCAGUGCGCCAGUGGAAAUUUCUUAAUGAAACAUGAGUGUAAUGAAGGAAGUGGGAAGGAAGUGAAAGUAGGACGCAAUCAAGGUAUGGAUGAUCCACGUACAUCGAGUAGAU